UGCUUCGUCGAAAGACGAGAACGAGUCAAAAGUGGUGCGGUGUUAAAUAUUUCGGCUUAAACGAAAUAGACUGCCUUUUUAUUUAUGUAAACUCCCAUCGUUCUACAGGACUGUGUUCUGGGACGAAUUUAAAUUCAACGUAUAUAAAAAAUAUAGGAAGAAUGUUCAGUUCCAAAAGAGCAUCUUUAAUGAUUUUGAUUUGCUAUAGUUUUUACAAUCCAACCGAUAGUGGUGCUGUUCAAAUUACACAGAGUAAUAUAGACAUGGUACUAGCUUCAAAUGAAAUAGUGUUUAUUAAUUUUUAUGCCGAAUGGUGUAAAUUCAGCAAUAUGCUAAUGCCUAUUUUUGAUGAUGCGGCCGAGGAAGUGACUAAAGCCGGGUACGAUACUGGUAAAGUAGUAAUGGGAAAAGUAGACUGUGACAAGGAAACCAAUAUUGCCACAAGAUUUCAUAUUUCAAAAUACCCUACCCUAAAACUUUUCCGUAAUGGACUACCUGCUAAGAAAGAAUAUAGAGGUCAACGGUCUGUUGAAGCCUUCGCUGAAUUUAUAAAAAAACAGCUAACAGAUUCCAUUAUCACAUUUUCAUCUCUAAAGGAACUCCAGGAACUUACUGAAGACAAAAGGCACAUAAUUGGAUACAUGGAUAGACGAGACCAGCCUGAAUAUGAGAUGCUUAGAAAAGUUGCUGCCACUCUUAAAGAUGAGUGUAUAUUCCAUGCUGGCUUUGGAGAUGCCUCACAACAAAUGCAUCCUCCAGGUCAACCCAUCGUUGUAUUUAGAGCCGAUACAAAGACUUCCACGGAACCUGAUGAGACCUUCCGUGGGAAUUUACUCAGCUUUGAUGAAUUAUACCAUUGGGUUCAACAGAAAUGCAUCCCUGUUGUUAGAGAGAUAACAUUUGAAAAUGCUGAGGAGUUGACAGAAGAAGGAUUGCCAUUCCUAAUCUUGUUCCAUCAUCCCACUGAUACAGAAAGUGUAAAAAAAUAUAAAGACAUAAUUACCAGGGAAUUGCAAGAUGAAAAAGAAAAAAUUAACUUCCUUACUGCUGAUGGUUUACGUUUUGAACAUCCUCUACAUCACCUUGGCAAGUCUGUGUCAGAUUUACCUUUGAUUGCCAUCGAUUCCUUCAGACAUAUGUACUUAUUCCCGAAAUACAGUGAUAUGGAAAUACCUGGAAAAUUAAAAGAAUUUUUACAAGACUUGUAUUCAGGCAAAUUACACAGAGAAUUCCACUAUGGACCUGAGAAUCCACAAGUUACAAAUGAAAUAAAAGUGACGACUCCACCGGAAUCAACCUUCAAGAAACUAGCACCAUCUAAGAACCGAUACACCCUCCUUAGGGAUGAGUUAUAAAAACUAUUAUUAUAUUAUAUUCAUAGAUCAGUUUGCCACUAAAACAUUAUAAUCUUUCCUUCGAGAUUUUAUGUUUCACUAAUUUGCACUUUUGUCUUUUAUUACUAUUUAUUACGAAUUCUAUUUUUAAUCUGUGUUCUGGUACAGAAAAAAAAAUGUUAUUACCAUUGACAAUUUGUAUUAUAUUGCAAAAUGUACAUAAAACACGAAUAUUUAAAAAUUACAGUUUAUUUAGAUAUAUUUUAAAUUCAAUUUUAUAUUAUAGUUUCAUAAAUUGUGUCCAUAACUGAAAUGAACUCAUGUUGUAUAUUAACAACAUAACAUUAACAGUAACAUUGUAAUUUUAAAUUCAGAUUAAAAGAAAUAAAAUAGAAUUGUUCGUUUAAAGGUUUUAUGUUGCUAAUUUAAUUUAUUAAAGAACAAAAUAAGCAAUUUUUUAAUACUUUAUAUAACUGUUUAAAUUUAGUUUAGCUAAUUGCAGUUUUAUUGUCCGGUUUCAGUAAAAAAAAUCUCUUAAACUAAUUUGUAUUUAUAUCCUUUUUAAACCCAUUCGUAAGAAAGAGUUAACAAUAUUAUUAGAUAUCGAAUUAAUCAAGAGAUUGUGUAAUGGGAAUCGACACUAAUAUCUCAGGUUAUUAUCUGUUUUUAUGUUUAUCAUUAACAACCUGAAACUUGUAUCAAUUAUUUCUAUAUAAUUGGUUAAACAUUGAAAUAAAUACGAAGAUAUUUUAAUGGGAUUAUUUAUACAUAUUCUUUAGAAAUGAAAUAGUAUACACACAUUUGAUUAUUAACAAGGAAGUGUUUGAUAAAUGUAUUAUAACAAUAACUUAUUAUAAAUGUAUUUCAAUUUCAUAUUGAAUAUGUGUACUAAUAAAUGACUGAUUAAUACAAUAUCAUGUGCAAGAUUGUCUUAUAAAGGUGGAUACUUACCAAGGGCAUUCGUAUAUAGUUUAUUAACAUAAGGAAAUAUUUCUUUAGUUACUCGAACAAUACAGUGCUCACAUUUGCAGUCUUCUUCGUGCGACAUUGGAGCGUUAGUCUGUGCCAUCUCGACACAACUACAACCCAUUUGACAAAGAAUGGAUUUGCGUCAUUACAUUACAAGUUAUCAAUUAAAACACAUGUGGCCGAUCAGUCUUCUUUGUGUCUAUUUCAUCACACCUAACAUUGGAAGAAUAUUUUGCAGAUAACUUAAGAAAAUACAGGCAACUAAUUAAAAAAUAUUGAUGAUUCAUUAUAAUUUUUUUACUUUUAAUUGUGGAAUUGGGUGUUGAGUUCAUAGUUUUUUCUUUCAAAGAUUAAUACAAAAGUGCUCGAAGAGUAAUGUGAUUCUGUUAUUGUUUUAUGAUAUUUAAAGUCAUAAUAUCUAUUACAGCUUUUCAUAUUAAUACAUACAUGUGUAAUUUUUGUUCAUCAUUCAAAUAGUGGCAUUUAAUAAUCAAUUUAUUGCAAAAUAUAUUUAAAACAUUGAAAAUAAAUAAUAUAUAAUAUAAAUAAAUGAUAUUUGAAAUAAUUUGAUUAUAGUAAUUGUUGCUAGUUUUUAUUAUUUGCUUGGACCUGCCUAAAAAAAAGUUAUUCUAUUAUACAACUUUAUUUAAUUAAUAUUAUAUGAAGUAACUUCCAAAGUAGUGAAGUCUCAUGCUCAAAUAAUGUUAUAUUAUUUCUGUUACAUAUAUAUGUGGAUUAUGAAUUUUUCAGUAAUAUAUUUGUAUUGACACGACUAUUUUAUAGAAAUAAAUAGAACUUGUGCCAGAUCUCUGUUUAGGAGCCCCACUAGUUAUAUACACAGUAAUAUACUUUGUUCCGGCGUGGGCGAGUCUGUAAUACUUCCACAAUGCCAUUGGCUGUAUAGGACAUGGCACGACUGUGUUAGCUGCUUAGACUGCGUAGUAAUUCAUGAUAACAUACAUUUAGAUAUUAUUAUUUGAAUAUAAAAAGUACAAGAAAGAAUAUGAAACAAUACAAACGGGGACAAUAAUAAUUAACAGAAUAUUCAGUUGGUGAAAUUAUAUAAUAAUAAGUAGCCAUUCUUGAUCUUGCUAACACUGCAGUGAACUGUCCUGGUAGCCCUCAUUUGGCUUUUAUCCAUUAAAAUGAUGUAACCCUGGUUCAGCUUAAUAUCGAUUAUGAUUAUUCCUAUUAAAACCAUAUUUGUUUUCAGUGGGAACAUUCCUCACCCGAAAACAGUUUAGUUAAUAUUUACUUUAGACGUGUAUGAUGAAAAAAUAAUGUACAAAAUGUAUGUUUUGUGACGUGUGGUAAUGUAAUAAACUUUUUGAUCCUAAGUAA